AUGUCUGACUUUAAAUUAUCAACAGAAUUACCAUCUUGGAAGAAAUUACAAUCAAUUUUUGAAUCAAUUGAUCAAUUCAAUGUUUUAGAAGAAUUCACCAAAGAUCCUCAAAGAUUCGAAAAGUAUUCUAAAACCUUCAAAAAUUUCGAUGAUUCUGAAAUUUUAUUCGAUUUCUCCAAGAAUUUAAUCAAUGAUGAAAUCAAACAAUCUUUAUUAUCAUUAGCUAAAGAAGCUAACAUUGAAAAAUUAAGAGAUGAAAUGUUCAAUGGUGAUAAAAUCAAUUCUACUGAAGGUAGAGCUGUUUAUCAUGUAGCUUUAAGAAACAGAUCAAUGAAACCAAUGUUGGUUGAUGGUAAAGAUACUGCUAAAGAAGUUGAUGAUGUUUUACAACAUAUGAAAGAAUUCUCUAAUCAAGUUAGAUCAGGUGAAUGGAAAGGUUAUACCGGUGAAAAAAUUACUGAUGUUGUUAAUAUUGGUAUUGGAGGUUCAGAUUUAGGUCCAGUUAUGGUCACUGAAGCUUUAAAGAAAUACAGUCAACCAGGUUUAAAUGUCCACUUUGUUUCAAAUAUUGAUGGUACUCAUUUAGCUGAAAUUUUAAAAGAUUUAAAUGUUGAAUCCACUUUAUUCUUAAUUGCUUCAAAGACUUUCACUACUGCUGAAACCAUCACCAAUGCUAAUUCUGCUAAAGAUUGGUUCUUAACUAAAGCUAGUGAAAAAGAUAUUGCCAAACAUUUUGCUGCUUUAUCAACUAAUGCUGAAGAAGUUUCUAAAUUCGGUAUCGACACUAAAAAUAUGUUUGGUUUCGAAAACUGGGUUGGUGGUAGAUAUAGUGUUUGGUCAGCUAUUGGAUUAUCAGUUGCCAUUUACAUUGGUUUUGAAAAUUUCGAAAACUUCUUAAAAGGUGCUGAAGCCGUUGAUAAACAUUUCACUGAAACCAAAUUAGAAGAUAACAUUCCUGUUUUAGGUGGUUUAUUAUCCGUUUGGUACAAUAAUUUCUAUAAAGCUCAAACUCAUUUAGUUGCCCCAUUUGAUCAAUAUUUACAUAGAUUCCCAGCUUAUUUACAACAAUUAUCAAUGGAAUCUAAUGGUAAAUCUGUUUCAAGAGCCAAUGUUUUCACUAAUUAUGAAACUGGUACCAUCUUAUUUGGUGAACCAGCUACUAAUGCUCAACAUUCUUUCUUCCAAUUAGUUCAUCAAGGUACUAAAUUAAUUCCUGCUGAUUUUAUCUUAGCUGCUCAAUCUCAUAAUCCAAUUGCUAAUAACUUACACCAAAAGAUGUUGGCUUCAAAUUUCUUUGCUCAAUCUGAAGCUUUAAUGGUUGGUAAGAAUGAAGAUAAAGUUAAAAGUGAAGGUGCUACUGGUGGUUUAGUUCCUCAUAAGGUUUUCUCUGGUAACAGACCAACUACUUCAAUUUUAGCUCAAAAGAUUACUCCUGCUACUUUAGGUGCUUUAAUUGCUUACUAUGAACAUGUUACUUUUGUUGAAGGUGCUGUUUGGAACAUCAACUCAUUCGAUCAAUGGGGGGUUGAAUUAGGUAAAGUUUUAGCUAAAGUUAUUGGUAAAGAAUUGGACGAUAAAUCUUCAGUUGAAACUCACGAUCCUUCUACUAAUGGAUUAAUUAACCAAUUCAAGAAAUGGUCUUUAUAG